AUGAAAAGAGACCAAGACAAACGGGCUACUCGGUUUGACAUGUUGCAAGCUCAGGCGCAUUUCUCUUCGUCGGUCACGGCAGCAGAAACGCAGCCUCACAAUUUCACUGAUCAGCCAGGCCAUACCCAAAGCUCUAUCAAAUACCAAAAGGGCCCUGCGGCUCAGCAAGAUCGCUCUCGCAAGAUUCUGAGAGGUUCGCCAAAAACACUGGAGCUCCCCACCAUUGUCGAUACUGGAGGGUUGGCGCAGACUCCACUUAUACGAACUUGUUCCCCGUGGGAGACUUAUAAGCCCAUAUUUACAUGCGAUCUUGCCGGUACAGUAUCGAUUUGCGAACAUCGUCGCCGGGGUUCUAAAGUAGUAGCCAUACGAAGCUCGUCAAGAACCGAUGGAGAGGAGUCACUCCACAAAUAUACGCGCUUCGACCACUUCAACAUAAUUUCUGCCAGUGAAUGUUUCAAGGACAAUGGAGUGAACCACUUCAUUGUUGAUGACCUACCGAUCAGUUUAGAGCACCUGGUCGCCAGCGAUGCCUAUCCCAGUGAGGUCCAGCUGGCUUCCAUUGUCAAACAAGUCAUGGACGGAUUGUCUUAUCUGAUUGAAUGCGGCUAUGAACAUUCGUCUUUAAAGUGCUCCACUACUCUAAUGAGUUUAGACGGAGUGGUGAAAAUUGCUAGUUUAGAACUCACUGUGCCCUACACGCCGGAACAAUCUCAGUCUUUGUCCUUGAAAGGCUUGGGAUCUCUGACAAUGGAGCUGAUGCAGAAAUAUGUCAAAGAGAAUGUGGGGAUAGACGAUCCAGCUCGGUGGCCCAUCGAUUCGAAUGCCGUUGAUUUUCUAUCAUCGACAACGUCAGCUAGGUCUGUAAUGGAACUGACACAGCAUCCGCUUGUUGCAGCAACUUGUUCCACCGGCAGCUUAGUUGGGCUAGCGCGACUUGCCAUCGUCUCUGCAUGUACUUUUUAUUCUUACAAAGAGUAA